UAAAUAUAUACCCUUCCCUUUCUUGUGAACCUCCAUAAAUACUCUUAUCUCACUAUCUCUCUCCUCUCAACUCCCCCACUGUCUUUGAUAACUACUGCUCGUCUGGUUUUAAGUGUUUAUGAUCAUCAUGAAGCCUGCAUGGUUGGAAGCUCUCUACACCCAGAAAUUCUUCGUUGGGUGUUGUUUCCAUGAAAGUGCAAAGAAGAACGAAAAGAACGUCUACUGUUUGGAUUGUUGCAUUAGUAUUUGCCCUCAUUGCAUACCCUCACAUCGUUUCCAUAGGCUUCUUCAGGUUCGUCGCUACGUUUAUCACGAUGUUGUGAGAUUGGAAGAUCUUCAAAAGCUCAUAGAUUGCUCUAAUGUCCAGGCAUAUACUAUAAACAGUGCUAAGGUGGUGUUCAUCAAAAAGAGACCUCAAAACCGGCAAUUCAAAGGGGCUGUAAACUAUUGUACUUCUUGUGAUAGAAGUCUCCAAGAACCUUUUAUCCACUGCUCUCUGGGGUGCAAGGUGGAUUUUUUGCUGAAACAUUACCAAGACCUGUCGCCAUUCUUGAGGAGAUGCAACACUUUAACGCUCAGCCCUGACUUCUUUAUUCCCCAAGAAAACGGAGACGAUGAAAUGACGCCACAUUCAACGAUAGUCGACAGUGACGAACCAAUGAGCUGGUCGUCGGGGUCGUCAUCAGGGUCGGAGAGUAUGAGCAUGGCGUACAGUUCUGAUCAGAUAGUGAGGAAGAAAAGGAGUGGGCUAUGUUUGUGGAGAUCAUCGGGUAAUAAGGUUUCGGAUGAGGAUAUUGCUUCAAGCAUGAGUAGAAGGAAAGGCAUUCCCCAUAGAUCUCCUCUAUGUUAGCAUACCAAAAAAAUAAAACGAAAAUAAAAAACCAAAGGGUUUAGAUUUAUAAAAUCAUCGCUAUUCUACUUGUAGUUUAGUUAUGAUAUUUUUUACUGAA